GGCCGUCUCCUUGACUACGCGACACUAACAGUAACAUGCUAACAGCGCGGUCGGGACCCAGCAUGGCGCAGCCAGAGAUGACACGGGUGUUUCUUAACAACGUGGACUCGUACGCAUCCAGACACAUCGCUCAGGUCCUGAGUGGAAGUGUGGCUGGAGCUGCUGUUAAUACAAACUCUGAUCUGGAGGCAGAGCUGCUGUCAAACCAUAAGAGGACCUUCCAGGUGGUGGGAACUGUUUCACAUCCAUCUGCCGUGGAAAGGCCUCAUGUGGUCGAACAAUACACUCAUCUGAACCGAGAUGAGCUCCUUUCCAAACUGAUGGGCUGUGAUGUUGUUAUCUACAAUGUUACCCAGCAUGCUGAUCAGGUGGAAGAAGCUCUCUGGGCUGCCUCAGCGCUUCACAGUGAAGUCGAGCAUUUUUCUGGGCCAAAGUUGUUUAUCCUCAUCUCCACGAUCAUGACCUGGGCCUGCAGCAAGCCAGCUGAUCCUGAUGAUCUGGAGCUUCCUUUCACUGAUGCGAUUUUCUGGAGCAGGAGAGCACAUCCCAAUUUUGAACGGCACAUUGACUUGGAGAAGAGAGUAGUGAAAAUGGGCAAAACUGAAAGAAAGCUCUUCUCCACGUACGUGGUGGCAGCAGGACUUCAGUACGGGAUGGGAGAACAGAUCUUCCACUACUUUUUCAAGAAAUCAUGGCUGGGAGAAGAUGGAAUACCCAUCUUUGGAGAUGGCAAGAACAUCGUUCCCACGAUUCACAUCCAUGACUUGGCAAGUGUGGUUUACAGCGUGAUCCAACAUCAACCAAGACCAUAUUAUCUACUAGCAGUGGACGAUUCUAACAAUACCAUGGAAGAAAUUGUCAAGAAAAUCGCCUCCAUCCUCGGACCAGGGAAGAUCCAGAAAAAGCCAUCAGAGGAUGCUUUCCUCACCAAGGAUCUCAGUGUAAUGGAAGCCAACUCUCUACUGGUCAGUCUCCGCAUGGAGGCUGCUUACAUCAAGAAACUUUUCUCUUUUAACUGGGUGUGCCAGUUUGGUCUGGUGGAAAAUAUAGAGGUGGUGGUGCAGGAGUUCCGGCAGACCCGCGGGUUGCUGCCCGUCCGUCUGUGUGUACUGGGUGCUCCUGCAGUAGGUAAAACCACAGUGUCCAAAAAGAUCUGCGAAUACUACCGACUCCAUCACAUCACAGUGAAAAGCACCAUCUCUGACACCAUCGCCCGGCUGGAACAUGCUGUCAGGAAUCCUGAUCCCGAUGAAGGGAAUUCCACACAAGAUGUCCAGGAGCAGCUGAGCAUGAUGAAGGAACGCCUGGAACAGAACCGAGGUCUGGAUGAGGAGCUGCUGUUGAACGUGAUGAGGGACAAGCUGAUGACUAACCCGUGUAAUAACCAGGGUUAUGUGUUGGAGGACUUUCCCCAAACACGUGAACAAGCCAAAGAGCUCUUUGGCGGUAAAGAAGAGGAUGCAACAUCCCAGAAUUCUUUAACCAACAUUAUACCCGAGUUUGUGUUGUGCCUGGAGGCCACAGAGGCCUUCCUGUUGGAUCGAGUGCUCAACCUGCCCGAGAGCUGUGUGCAGGAACACAACUACGAGCCAGAGAACUUCUCGAGGUGGCUGGCUGCUUACAAGGAGAAACAGUCGGAGGAUGAUAUGGUCCUCAACUACUUUUAUGAGCAUGACAUCAUCCCUCUGCAGUUUGAGAUCAGCAGCAGCAAUGAAGCAGACUGCCUGUCUCUGAUGCAGAAGGUCAUUGACAUAGUGGGCCAGCCCAGAAACUACGGUCCGAGCAGCCAGGAGGUGAAGGAGGAGGAGAGGAGGAAGGCUGCCGAGAGGCUGAGGAGAGAAGCCCAGGAGAGAGCAGAGGUGGAGCGGAUGGAGGCCGAUGAGGCCAGAGACAGGGCUGCACACUGGGCUGAGUGGACUAAGAAGUUGGAGGAGGUGAGGCAGCAGGAGGAGGAAGAGCUGGAGGCCACGUCAGGCCCUAUGAGGGACUACCUGAUGGAACAGGUUGUGCCCACGCUGAGCCGGGGUCUGAUUGAAUGCUGCCGAGCUCAACCACAGGACCCCGUGGACUUCCUGGCAGAGUACUUGCUGAAGAACAACCCCUUUUGAAGCCGAUUACGAGCAGCUUUCCUAGCCGAGGAAAAUUUCCUUUGAGUCUUUGAGACUCGUCAGAGCAUUUCAGUCGUCACAUGCCAAGUGUCCCCAACUCCAUGCUGGGAUUUUGAUUAGGUCUGAUUUCUAAGUGGCCCAUUCUCCUGCCCCUGUUGCAUUCAUAUACGGCUUUGUUUGGGCUCUGAUGUGCUGGCCGUUACUUAAAAGCAACCCAAAAAGCAGAUGAAAGUGUGCACAAAACCAGGAGCUAAUUAGGAAGUUAAUUUGCUUAAUAAACUUGGUAAACUGUAAAGCAGACACGCUCGGGUCAUAAUUGCUUUGAUUUAGCUUCAGAUUUCCAGGAAGGAUAAAUGUUACGAAUGGCAGCUAAUUUGUCGGUCUCUCAUGUUGCCACUCGUGACUCCAAAGUGUACAUAAUUGGUUGCGACAGAACACCAAACGAUUUCAUUGUACAUACUUAAUCACCACAUGGGGAAAUUAGUGGAGUUUAUUUGGGAAACACUGUGAUGCAAGCUGCUGCAAGACUGUUGGACUGCAGCAUGUGUGCCCCAGGUACAAACACACACACACACACACACACAAUAUGCUUAAACAGUUUUCUGUCAUAGUGACCAACAUGCAGUAUGUGGGUACAAACAGAACCUGAAGUUCAAAGUUCACUCUCUGUAUUUACCUGCUCAUUUUCAUGAUGCGCUGAAAUAAACUGAGUAUAGCAGAUAAUCUGUAACACCGAGUACAUUAACACUAAACAUAGUUUCAAACCCACACCAUUACACAACACACGGUUCCCUGCUAGAUGGUGAUACCACAGUUGGCUCUCAUCCAUCAUACUAAAACGUAUCCGACAGCAUGUAUUUGAUUUUUGUUUGUAGAGGUCCUCCUCUAAGGCGAGACCUGAGAAAAGCUUCCCAGUGGAAGUGCAGUGACCUCUGUCCACUGAUGGUGCUGGGUGCACUGGUUCUAUGAUGGGAGGUGAGAACAGCUCCCAGUCUGUGCUGCAUUUGUGGACUGGUGUUACUGUGUAGGAAAUGUGGAACAGCACGUGCUCGGUCUUCUUUAGUGCCACGCUUCUUUGCUGUGUGCUCAGAGCUGUGAUUGGCCCUGAGGCCGAGGUGCUGUUUCUACUCCUCCCAACAUCUGAAGCAUAGGUUUAAAAGGUAUUUGUUUAAGUACCGUGGGACUGUGCUGGGGAGGUAUCGCUGAUGUUGUUGUGGUUUGUUUUCCAUCAUCUGUUGUGAAAUAGCUCCCUAUCAGUCUUAACUGUGGCAGCAGCCAGGAGCUCUUUGUCCUGUGCUGUGUGUUUAUUUCGUCUCCCUUUUAGAAAAUCCCCGAGUAUUCAAACUAAACCAAAUUCAUCCUGCUGAGUUCUGGUCACAGAUGACCUUUGAGCUCUCCGGACAGACUCACUGGUUUGAUGUUAUUCCCAGAGGAAACGCCUCCUCCAUCAUCUCCUGGCUGUUUUACAAGCAGUGUUUUACCACUAGGUGUCAGUCUUGGAUUACCUAUUAACUGUUGGGAGGCCGUGAUGGUGAUAAUGAUGAGUCUCUUUAUGUUUUUAGUCUUUGUAAUAUCAGGAUGUCUUCAGUGCUGAACAGUCAGAUGAAAGCAGCAUGAAUGAUGAGCUCUCUUUUUGUGCUUCGGCUCAUCCAUCUGAACAGCAGCACUAUUAAAACCCACGUUUUUUCUUUACAGUACUCAGUUCUUCCUUUAACAACCUCUGAGAUAAACUUUGUGUUUCUUAGAUCACUCUGUCAGUGUUAUUUGUAGACACAGUUAAAUAGUGUCUCGUGGCUCUGCAGCAGAUUCAUUUCAUCUACUUAUCGCCAGAAGCCAAAAAUGCAAGCUGACACUUUCCUGCUCGACCCUCCAGGACUCAGUGACAGUGAGAGCAAAGUUGAGUUAGAAAUGAGUGUGUAAGGUCACCGUCAGGAGCUCGGUCCUCCUCCUGUGCACUGAGAGGAGCCAGUGUUCAGGUCCAGAGCUGUUAUCACACGUGAAGUACAGAUAGAGUGAAUCUGUUUUUUCUCACAUUUAGCUUAAAAGACAAAAGUCAGUCUGAUUCAGAUUGUGCUGUUUUGGAUGAAGCCCAGUUCACUAACAGUAAAUACAUGCUACUCCCUCCCUCCCCCGAACCAUCACUUAUCCAAAGUCAGUGGUAGCAGGCUAAGAUGGGUGUCCUCCUGGGGGAUGCUGAGGUGAGCUGAGUCCAGGUGAGAUGUAGAAUCUGGAUCUACCCCAGGGUCUACUCCCAGGAGGCCUGCCUGUAAACCUCCACAGGGAGAGGUCCAGUAGGUAUCAUGAGGAGAUGCAUGGAGCUGGCUCCUUUCAAUGUGGAGGUGCAGCAGCUGUACUCUGAACUCCCUCUGGAGGUGAGAGCUCCUCACACUAAGGCUGAAACGGCCAAAAACGCUUACGUUCCAGUCCUGCGCAUGCGCAAAAGCGAGUGAGAGUUAAAGAAUUUGAAGAAAAGCUGUCUGCAGCAUGUACAAACUGAUAUUAAUCUUUAAUAGGGCUGUCAAUCAAAACAGCUGCUGUGUAAUGCACUCCGCUAUCUUUGUUUAAUCGGCCACAUGACUUCAUUACAUGACUAAAAUGCGUCAUCAUUUUAGAAAGUCUGCGUUUUCACUGUCCACACUGCGACGCAAACGCACAGUCUUCAAAUGUAUGCGUUUUCGAGAGCGUUUUCAAAACACUGCGUUUUGCCUUCGGGGAAAACGCCGUCUCAGUGUGGGCGGGAGGCCAAAACGGAGAGAAAACGAUGCGUUUUCAAACAAAAACGCAUUAGUGUGGACGUAGCCUGAGACUCAUCCUCAUCCAAGUCCUUCUUAAACAUGCAGGGUGUCGUGUUUUUAGCCAAGUCUUUCCCCGAUGCUAACCCAGCAGUGUUCAGUGCUUACCUUUCUGGGGAAAUGAAGCCAAAAACAUGAGUGAGAUAAAGACAAAGUGCUAAGGAUGCAAACCUCAGUCUCCCGGCUGACAAACCUGCAGCUAUGAAAACUGUGACCCAUCCAGCUUUCUGUUGCAGACUUCGUAGGCCUCUGUCGGUAAUGCUUCAGGGCAGUGGUAAAACUCAGCGGUGAGAGAUUUCCAGCAUGUUGAACCAAAGCAGACCUACAGAGAUUAAAUACUCAUUUAAAGAAGGCCCAUGGGCUUUUUCAUGUAAAACCACAUCAUCUACUCCUGUUCAUGUGGACACCCUUGUACAGUUUGGACCGACUGCCCACACAUAACCUACAUGCAUGACAUGCAUCAUUUUAACACGCUGUCUUUGCCUCUCACUAAUAACUCCACUACGAUAUUGGCUUGUCUGGUUUUAUUUCUCAAUGAACGGACACAAACACAACACUCCAGCACCGGGAGUCUUUAUCACAGGGCUUCACUUGAUAUAUGUCCAUCCAUCAUAGCAAUGCAGUCCAUCAGCUGCAGUAAGCCCCGAGUGUGUGGCAGCAUGUGGACUGAAUCCACUCGCACUGAUGCUGGUCACUGUUCCCUAACACCCCUUAAUCCAUGGAGGAUCUCACACACACACACACACACACACACACACACACACACACACACACACACACACAAACUGCUGACUUAUAGUCAGACAGACAAAGACACACUUUUUAGAGACAGAGAGAAUGACACAUGCAUCAAACUGAUGGGUUAAGUCGUCAGGGGAACCCCCACAUGCCCCACACGCAAAUGCCGAGCGACACACACACACACACACACACACACACACACACACACACACACACACACACACACACACACACACACACACACACCUCCCCUGCUGCCAGCCUCAUUCUGAGCACUCGGAGAGGGAAAAUGUGUUUUGUUGCUUAGGAACAGUUUGCCUUGUGUCUCAGCAGGGGGUCUCCUUCUGAAUAUCAUUAUGUCCCCUCGACUGGGGAGGACCACACAUUUUUCUUUGCUGCCAAUAUUUAUCUUCGGCUCUGCUCGCUCUCCAGAGGCCCACAAAAACUGUUCUCAUUGAUUAAAGGCAGUAGAAAGCAGAUUCCUCACCUCACCUGUUUUCAAUGUAAAUUCAUCAGAAACGGCUCCUCAGUGCUGCUGUAGGUGUCAAAGUUCACCCCGGUGACAUUUUACUUUUCUUAAAGUAAAAUCCCGAGCAGAGGGAAUGGGUUGUUAUCUGGAUAAAGUGAAUAUGGGUUUUUUUCAGCCUUUACUGAAAAAAUACUAAACUCAUUUAUACAAACAUGAUGAUCAGGUGUGGAUCAACCAACUCUGGGGCCCAGAGCAACACAGACGAGUGGCCCCCCCAUCAAAACACAACAUUAUUUAUCUGCACGGUCGCUGCUGGUAAAUGACUAUGCUAAACGUCCCCCUCCAACAAAGAAGAAACACAUACACAGACAUACCGUCAUCUUUAGUAGUAUGGGGCUGGUGGGCUGUUCAACCUCAGUCUGAAGGAAUAAGUCAUUUUAGGUAUGUUCCCCUCUCUUUAAGCUUUUAAACGUUGAAAGGGCUAAAAAAAAAUCAUUCGCUUUCUUAAGCCUGAGUUUAAGGAGAAAAAAGCCUAAAUUGUCUAAAUUGUCCCCUUUAAGCAGAAUGACUUUUUCCAUUAUUGUAAAAACUUCAUUUUUUGUACACUGGUGAAUUUUUAUGCACGAGUUUGUGCCUCUGUUUUCUUUAUGAAGACUAACAUCAGGCACAAGGUAACAGGAUAAAAUGCACUCCCAGGAUUUUCACUUCAGUGUCUCUCACUUAGACUCCAUAUAAAACAUGGAUUUAACAUUAGAGUGCGUUAUAUUGAGGGUGCCACUCCUCAGGUCAUUUUGUAAAUGAUGGUCAAUGCUCAAGUUAGAAAGGAUGAAAAAGUCUCAGCUUGAACCUUAAAGAUGCUGAUUUUUCAGGUUGGUAUCACAGUGUGGAUUUCUUUUCUGCACUCGUUUGUGUGGGAGGAUACUUCUCAUGUAAAUGUUACAAAUCACAUGUUGAACUCUCUGAAAACGUAUUGAUUUCACUGAUUUAUAAACUCUGCACUUCACAUACAUGUGAGCAGGAUGUUUGCUCACGUGAAUAAAACCUUUUUGCCAUUAUUUAUUUUCUAUAUUACUUUUUUUUUUUUUUGCAUAUUUGGCUCACUUUGCAGAUCAUCAAACAAAUUGUAAUAGACAAAAAUAACAAAAUGACCCUGUGUGGAAAAGUCGUUACCUCAUAACUUUGCAAAACUGUUUCCAGCCACAUUCGAGGGUUUCUGAGGAUGCCAAACAUCUCGAUUAGAAGUUGUGGGGAAUAGAAAUAUUUUACUGCUAUUAUUUGCUGCUA